AUGGCGCGACUUGCGCUCUUGCUGACUCUGAUCCUGCCCGAUAUCGCGCAGCAGGCCGCCCGGCCGCCUCCCUUCUUCCCCGCCGCCGGCUCGGAACCGACCCGCAGCUGCUCCGUAGUGCUGGAUCCCGUCUCCGGACAGCUGGAGACCGUGACUGGCUGGGUCCCCGCGGCCGUCGCCUGGGCUAACCUGACCGAGGGCAUCCGGGAGACCGGGUAGGUAGGCGGGCAGGCAGGCGGCAGGCAGACGGGUGUCCGCCCACUGCAGUGGGUCAAAUCGGUUCCUGGGGCAAGGCUGCGGUCCUAGCUAGGUUUUCUUUUUGGUUGGGACCACGCCCUGUUGGGCGUAGGUGUGCUUACUUGCGAGUAAACAGGCUGCUAGCACUGCCUUGCAAGGCGCGCGUGUUGUGAUGGGCAAACCCAGAGGAAGGAAGGCAGCAGGGUUUGCUUCCUAGUAAACGCGCAUUGCAAGCGUCCGAUUCUCGUGCACGUUUCUACCGGGUGCAAGCUCAAAUGAACACCGGGUGUUUUUGUUUUGUUGGAGGGGGUUACUUCCGAGUAAACGCGCAAAGGGGCCGCGUUGCAAAAGCGCGCAGACCCGGAGCAGGUGCAAAAUGAAGGCAGUGGGGUUUAAGUUCGUGCGUGCCACACUGCGCUGCAAAAAGCGGUGCCCUCGGGGGCAGGAAUCCAGGGCCGCGUUUGGUAAAAGGAGCAGGAAGGCGCCACUAACGCGACAGGGUCGGAUUGCGACAUUUCAAAGUAAACAGUCACAAGACUCAGAAGGGACUUAACAUGAAGUCCAGAGCCUUAAGUAAGUUAUGUGCAGCAUUUAUUCAAAAGCACGACGCAGCAGGGAGGAGUGCGGUCUGCUGACCCCAGUAGGACUACUGAGAAACUCUUAUUGGGUAUGCUGGCACACAUUGAUUACCUCGAAUUCGACACAACAUACUGUUCCUAUAAACACCCACACCAAUUCAAUACAGGGCCAGUUGUGUUACAAUGGGAUUAAGAAUCUUCUUUCAACAUACUCUUCAGUCUCCUAUAAUAUAUAACAAUGGACUAAUUUUUCCUUUACAGUGUUCAUUUUUUAAAAUAACCUGUUAUCAACACAACUGACUCCAUUAGCUAGAUCCACAUUUCAUUUUUCUUAAUUCAUCUCACCCUUAAAUCCUAUUUCCCCUUAAAAAAGACCAAACAGUUUAAUAUGUAGUUGGAACUGUUCUACCAGAUCCCUGGCUAUUUUUUAAAACGGUUGUUUGCUAAGGUCUCAGAGUUGUUAGGACACACACACACACACAAUCUCCCUCCCUUCCCCUCGCAGAACUACCAAUUCCCAGAGUUCCCUGGGAAGAUGGAUUGAGUGCCAAACCAUCUGGUUAAAUUUCAGUACAGUGGACGUUCAGGUUUCGAACGUGAUCUGUGCGGGAGGCACGUUCGCAACCUGCCGCGUCUGCGCACAUGCGGGUUGUGAUUCUGUGCUUAUGCGCAAAGCGCGAUUUAGCACUUCUGCGCAUGCGCUACCGCCGAAACCCGGAAGUACCCGUUCCGGAACUUCCGGGUUUUGGUGCGUCUGUAACCCAGAAAAAGGCAACCUGAAGCGUCUGUAACCCAUGUGCUGGAGGCCAAAGCGGGCACAGCACACUCACACACCCCUCUCUAUUCAGGCAAGCAAGAGGCAUGAUCAGAUUUCAAGGACACAUGCCAGGCGGGCAAAACAAAACACUCCAGGAGGUUGUGAAGCAAAUUUGGGGAGCGAUGAGGCAGCCUGGGGAGGGAGGAGAGAAGGUGUGUUUGUGAAGAAGGUAUGACCUGGGGACAGUCUGAAGGGCCAGUUAGAGAUUCCUGGAGGGCAGGAUUUGGCUCCCCCAGGCCUGAAGUUCUUUCACACUAAAGUUCACGUGGUGGGUCUUGAGUUUGCAUUUGACUUUUCUACACUCAGCAAGCUUGACAGCUGAUGACCCCGGGUCAUGGAGUUGGUAGGAAGCCUUCAUACUGAGGACUAGAGCAGGCUUCCUCAACCUCGGCCCUCCAGAUGUUUUUGGCCUACAACUCCCAUGAUCCCUAGCUAGCAGGACCAGUGGUCAGGCAUGAUGGGAAUUGUAGUCUCAAAAACAUCUGGAGGGCUGAGGUUGAGGAAGCCUGGACUAGAAGCUGAUUUGAAGUGUGACAGGGGAGCUCAUUUAAGGACUCAAGCAGAAGGGUGCUGUAGUGGAAGGAGGGGAAACUUGACAGAUGGAUUCCUUCGCUGGUCUUCUCAAUACUUUUUAUUCUCUCUAUUUCUGUCUCACUUAUAGAUGGGCCUCCCUGGAACUAACCACCAAUGAGAAGUAUAAUGACAGCCUCCAGGCCUACGCGGCAGGGCUGGCGGAAGCAGCUGUGUCUCAGCAGGUAAGUGUUGGCGUACGGCCUCCACCCUCCACGUUUUCCAGCUUUAUCGAAGACCCUUAUCCCAUCACUUCAGCUCUCUCAGGACAAAACCAUUUGAGGCAAACAUUAACCUAGAAAUUCACCUUCCAUGAUGGCACUUAUGGAGGGUGAAUACAGAUGUGGUGGUCUCUGAACACGGGCAGAGUGCCGGACCCGGAAGCCAUUGUUACAUGUUACCUGGAGCAGCAAGGAGCUACCCCCUGCCUGUUCUGAAUGAACUUGAAAGAUUCAGGAAGGGCUUCCAAACUCCCACCGAAUAUGGAAGGUUUUACUCAGGAGGAUAUUGAAAUUAACAUACCUAACUUAAGUUAUAGGUCCCAAUCCUGGCCAUGAGGGUGAAUUAAACAUAGGAAGCUUACUCUAAGUCAUACCACUCGUCUAUCCAGUUCAGUAUUGUCUGCACUGAUUGGCAGCAGCUCUCCGGGGUUUCAGACAAUUCCUGUCCUACCUGGGGAUGCCAUUGGGAUUGAACCGGGGACCUUCUGCAUGCAAAACAGAUGCCCUACCGCUGAGCUACAGCCGCCUUUCGCUCUGGAUCUAGCUCAGCCGCCUUAAAUGUUUGUGCCUUUGCAGCUCAUCUACAUGCACUGGAUGAACACGAUGGUGGGCUACUGUGGGCCAUUCAAGUACCAGACCAACUACUGCCAGAAGCUGAAGAAAUAUAUCGAAGCCAACCUUGCCUGGAUGAUGCAGCUGAUGGAGGCAGCAGACAAUUCUGAAUACUGGUACCAGGUGCGGCAUUCUGUUCUGAGACUGGGGUGCCACCUCCAUCGAACCUUUAAAUCGGUAUCAUUCCACUUUAUAAACAGGCACGGCUUCCCCCAAAGCAUCCUGGGAACUGUAGUUUGUUAUAGAGUGCUGAGAGUUGUUAGGAGAUCCACACACACACCGUUCCCCUCACUGGGCUACAAUUCCCAUCAUUCCCUGGUUAAACCACAAUAAAGGGAAACGAAAGCAUGCCAGCAAAAGCGUGUCGGUUUGUGAUACCAUUUUGCAGAAGCAGCCACUGUGUGAUGAAAACCGCGAAUCAGAAAGAGGAGAGGGGGUUGAGUGGUGGUUUCAAGGCCCACUUUGUGGGUGGAACUGUGCAGUGAACUUUUAAACCACAAACCGGAUUUAAAAAUGCAACUUAAACUUUUACAAGGAUAUAAUAGAAUAAAGAGAUGUGGUGCUGUGUUUUUACAAGCAUUGUAUGUGACUACUGUAUAUCAUAAGCACAAAUGCUUCUUAACAAACAGUAACUUACUAGGUUGCCAAAUGUGCAAGUUGGCCCUAGUGCUUCUUUUUAGGGUUGCCAACCCACUAAAACUAGGUUUAAAGAUAAUGAUGAUAAUAAUGAUAAUAGUAAUAAUAAUAAUAAUAAUAAUAAUAAUAAUAAUAAUAACAACGACAACGACAACAAUAAUUUAUUUAUACCCCGCCCAUCUGGCUGGGUUUCCCCAGCCACUCUGGGCGGCUUCCAACAAAACACUAAAAUACAAUAGCCUAUUAAACAUUAAAAGCUUCCCUAAACAGGGCUGCCUUUAGAUGUUUUCUAAAAGUUUGGUAGUUAUUUUUCUCUUUGAUAUCUGGGGGGUACAAGGCGCGCAUUUUAAUUGUGACAUUGGGAAGGCUCUAGUGGAGCUCAUAUGACAUGCAUACCACACAAAUAACCCCAGAACUCAGAAUGAUUGUGCUCUUUGCACACCUGAGCAAAAAUCCCCUUUUUGUAUGCUUCAAGAGAAGAAAAGGUUCUACCAGCUACGUGAGGAGUCGUCUGGCCCUUCCAGUGCCAGAAAAACCAGUCGCUUAGCCACUAAAAAGCACAUAGUAUCCAGCUGCAGGAUCCCUCCUUCAAGUCCCAAGACACUGGGAUAUAACACCUUAUAACAUGAACAUUAAUGGUUGCUAAUUUUGGUCUGUUUCGUCUUGUGCAAUUGUUUGAAUGAAUUAAUAUUCAGUCUGCAAGCUGGCGGGUUCAUUGCCUUCCAUAUGGCAGCAUAAGUGCUGUUAGCUUCCCCCCCCCCGCCCCGAUCCGAGGACCAAACUACGUCUCGGAUUGUUUCUGGGCUGCUUUUAACUUUUGACUCUGUGAGUGAUUCCUGUGUGUUCUCCAUCAAAAUGCCCAGGUACGCCUCGCCCUGCUGCAGCUGAAGGGCCUUGAGGAUGGCUAUAACGGCCGGGUGGCCUUCCCGAUCGGCAAGUUCUCCAUCGCACCCUUUGGCUUUCUGUAAGUCUGUGGUUCUUUUGCACAUGUGAGAAAAUGAAGGAGUGGGGACAUUUCACGGGUGCCCGGAUUCUGCACAGGACUGACAGUGACACAUGAUGUUUAAGCCUGGGGUCAUCAACCUUUUUGGGCCCAUAUUUAAACUGUCCUGGGCACCGUGGACAUAUCACUAGUGUGCACACAUGCACUCACGACAACUGCACGCAACACACCCGCACCACAGACACAAGUACACACAUAAAGUCCUACCGCCAUCGGCUACACUCUGUUUUGAGAGAAAAAGUUUUCGCUUUUUUAAAAAACAACAACCAGUUUGGAAGCCUAAUUUUUUUGACAAGUUGAUUUUCCGGGAGACUGCAGCUGAGGAAUAUUUGAGUUUGUUCCUGUGUAAUGUGUGACGUGUUUCUUUUUUGUUUCAUUGGCUACGAUGAAUUUUAAGCUGCUAUCCCUCAUUAAGAAGCAGCUAGAGUGUAAGGAAUGGAACUGUUUGGGUCUUUACCAUAAGUUAUUAGGGUUUAAGUCUUGUUUUUAAAUGUAUUUGCUGCUUUUGAGGUUUUUAACUUCUUUCUAAUUAUCUGACAUGUAAAUCUACUUGAGACAAGGGUUGAGAAAGGGGUUGGUAAAUUAAUUGUAGUAAUUAUUAAUAAUUAUAAUACAAGCAUAGAUAAAAAGACAUAGGAACGUAGGUCAGUAGCCCAUCUGACCUCUUCUUACUUCUUGUAGCCGAGUAAGAUUGUCUUCCAUGUACAUGGUUUUAACAGUGAGUCGGUAAGUGACUGUGGAGGCCAAUUCUGAAUCCACACGUCAUUCCACUGUGGAGACAUAGGUUUCUGGAUGGGAGUUGAUAAUGGUGAGGGUUUGCCAAGCGUGCCUUCCUCUUAUCUCAUUCCUCCCUUUCAUCCUGAGUUUGAGUGUCUUCAAAGCCCAUGACGCCUUCGAUAAAGGCUGUUCUCCAACUGGAGCGCUCGCAGGCCAGUGUUUCCCAGUUGUCGGUGUUUAUACUACAUUUUUUUAGAUUUGCCUUGAGAGAGUCUUUAAACCUCUUUUGUUGACCACCAGCAUUACGCUUUCCAUUUUUAAGUUCGGAAUAGAGUAGUUGCUUUGGAAGACGAUCAUCAGGCAUCUGCACAACAUAACCAUCUGACCUAGCUUCCUGUUCUCACUGUGGCCAACCAGAUGCCCCAUUGGGAAGCCUGUAAGCAGGAUUUGUGCAACUGCAUCCCUCCCUACUUAACAAUUCCCAGUACAGUGGUACCGGUUUAAGAACAGCUUAGUUUAUGAACAACUUGGAUUAAGAGCGCUGCAAACCUGGACAUAGGUGUUUUGGUUUGUGAACUUUGCUUGGAAGUAGAACAUGUUCCGCUUCCUGUUGAGUGUGUUCCAUUGGUAAAUUGAGUCCCCCGCCACUAUGGGAAAGCACGCCUUGGUUUAAGAACGGACUUCCGGAACGGAUUAAAUUCGUAAAUCAAGGUACCACUGUAUUUGGAUGUUGUUGGACUACAACUCCCAUCAUCCCUGGCCAUUGGCCAUGCUGGCGGAAGCUACCUAUUUCCCAAAAAAGAACUACCGUAUUUUUUGCUCUAUAGGACGCACCCAACCAUAGGACGCACCUUGUUUUAGAGGGGGAGAACAAGAGAAAAAAAUAUCUCCCCCUCUCUGCUCAGCGCCCCUUCAGCAAAGCGGCAGGAGAAACGGAGCCCCUUCCAUUUUUCCUCCCGCUUCGCUGAAGGGGUGCUGUGCAGCUCUCCCUCUCUGCUGAAGCCAGGAGAGUCUUGCUCUUUAGCAAAAGGAAUCCGAAGCCUCCGGAGCGCAGCGGGAGCUUCCGCUGCGCUCCGGAGGCUUCAGGCGGCUAUCCCUGAAGCCUGGAGAGCGAGAGGGGCCGGUGCGCACAGACCCCUCUCGCUCUCCAGGCUUCAGCGAAAGCAAUGCGAAGCCUCCGGAGUGCAGAGGGAGCGCUCCCUCUGCGCUUUGGAGGCUUUGCGUUGCUAUCGCUGAAGUGAAGGAGCCUGCAUUCGCUCCAUAGGACGCACACACAUUUCCCCUUAAUUUUUGGAGGGGGAAAAGUGCGUCCUAUAGAGCGAAAAAUACGGUACCCUGCUGGAUGAGAACAAAGGCCCAUCUAUUCCAGAAUCCAGGUCUCUUCAGCCCCUUUUCCCAAGAUCCUCUGCAGCACACAGGAGUUUCGUGCCUUGGCUGAUGCGCUGUUGUUCCCCUCCCAAUACUGUACUUUAAUCUUAAAAGAAUAUAAGAAAACCCUUGCUGCACCAGGCCAAAAGGACCAUCUGCUCCAGCACCCUGUUUUUUACGGAUGCCCCAAUGGGAAAGCCCAAAAGUAGGACAUGAACACACCAACAUCUCCUUGCUUGUGGUUCCCAGUAACCAGCAUUCAGGGACAUUUACUGGCUCUGGCAGUGGAGGUGGAAAAGUAUUGCCUCCCUGGUGUGAGCCAGAUGAGUUUUGUGAGCUGCAGUCUCUUGAGCUGAGGGUUGUCUGUUGGGCUCAUAGCUUCUCUCUCCUAAGAUAAGCAGGCAAGCUUGCUGCAGACACCACAGAGUCCGAGGGGAACUCCUCUAACUUCCCCCACAAAUGCAAAGGUUUCCAGGAAUUUUGAGUCUGCAUCAACAGCCGGGUCAGAGUGGGGUUGGGCAGCUGUGUAGCAAAAGUUUUUUUAACUCCUGGGAGGCAGAGUGAGGUGGAGGUCAGGUAAAGCUCCCAGGAGACAAGCAAAGUUGAGCAACGAAUUCCCCUUUCUAAGAUCCCUGCCUAAGCUUUAAAAUACCGUAUUUUUUGCUCUAUAAGACGCACCAGACCACAAGACACACCUAGUUUUUGGAGGAGGAAAACAAGAAAAAAAAUAUUCUGAAUCUCAGAAGCCAGAACAGCAAGAGGGAUCGCUGCACAGUGAAAGCAGCAAUCCCUCUUGCUGUUCUGGCUUCUGUGAUAGCUGUGCAGCCUGCAUAAGACGCACACACAUUUCCCCUUACUUUUUGGGAGGGAAAAAGUGAAUCUUAUAGAGCAAAAAAUACCGUACACGGUUUGAGUGUGGGAUGCCCCACCUUAAUAAUAAUCCCUCCUGGAAGAGGCAGUGGUGGCAACCAACUUAGAUGGCUUUAAAAGAGGAUUUAACCUGCCCUCAGGUCUUAUGGUAAAGGGCAGGUAAGAAAUCUAAUAUAUAAUCAACAACAUACUUUGGAACUCCUUGCGUAUUGACAUAAGGCAGGCACGUUCAUUUUCGGCACCUGUUUAGUUCAUCCUAUGCAUGUGACACGUGAUUUAGUCUGGUUUUUAGCUUGUCGUUGAUUUUAAUUAUCUUGAAUUCUUUAAAAAAAUGAUUUUUUAAAUUCUUUUUGUAAAACACUGAGGUUAUUAAAAAAAUUUUUACAAUCAAACAGCAUGUAAAUUUUGUGAAAUUAAUAACAACUAAAAUCAUUGUCAUGUGAAUCGCCUCUGCUAGUUUGUUCCAGUUGGGGGGCGAUUUGGAAGACCUGGAAUCGGCCUUCAACAAAUCUGGAAGCCACCGGGUCCUUGGCUCUGGGUCCUGCUCGGCAUUCAUCAAGCUGUUGCCUGGCAACCAGGACCUCCUUGUCUCCCACGACACCUGGAAUACGUACCAGUCCAUGCUACGCAUCCUCAAGAAGUAUACUUUGCCGUUCCGGACUUCAGCCCACAGUGAGUAGCAGGAAAAGGAUGUGGGGUGGAGCAAGGGACCUUUGACCUCCAGAUGUUGUUGGACUACAGUGCUCAUAAGCCCCAGUCAGCAUGGCCAAUGUUCAGAGAUGAUACUGCAGGCUUUUCAAAGGUCUUUUCUCUCUCUUUAUUUUGACAAAGUAAUAAUCAUAAAUAAAUAAGAAUAAAAAUGGGCACCCCGCCACCGAGACCGUUCCAUUGUAACAAUCCAACCUCCUAAAAUUUCAACACCUCUUGCAAUGGUUUGACCCUUUUCCGUUUUAACAGUACAAAUUCUACAAACACCCUCCAGAUCUCCUCAAAAUCAUUUCUCCUGCAUAUUCCCCGUCUUACCUUAAUGGCACAUGUUAAUUUAUCAUUUAAUAGCUAUAUCCCACACCUCUUUAUAUCAUUCUUCCAUUUUAUAUUCUGCUUGCCCCUAUCACUUCCUAGCUAUCAUAAUUCAUGCAGCUGUCAAUAAAUUUGUAAGCAAGUCCUUCAUAGCCUGUGAACCUUCCACCCCAUUGUAAAUUGAUAAUAAUGCUACCUCUGGACUUUCGGUCCAGCUUUAACCCAGUGAUUUCUGUUAUCUCCUUUAACACCCUUUGCCAGAAAAAUUGUACAUAUUUACACCCCCACCACAUGUGAACAUCAUUGCCGGUUUCCUGGCAUCCCCUCCAACAUAACACCAAAUUUUCCUUGUUUAUUUGAUUUAAUCCGACUGGUGUUAAAUACUGUUACAAGAAAAAAACCGCUCCUUUUCCCUUAUGGGGUAUCCAUGAGCCCAUAGAGUCCCUAACUAGGUUCUCUAUCGGUAGGAGAAAAUAACAAGAGGCCAACCAGAGAAUAUUGAGAAGCAAAGCAGCUAAUAAGCCUGAUCUUUAUUAAACUGUUGCAACAAGGUCCCCCACUCACCCUAUGCAGGGAGGGAGGAGACGAACCCCAAACAAUGGUGUGCAAGCCCUUAUAUAGACUUUUGGAAUUGCCCACCCUGUAGCUCUAGACCAGCUCCCAAAACAUCAUACAUACAUCACAGGUGGAGACAGUCUCCAACUAAAAUUCUGUUUGUCAGGAUACCUGAUAAUGGCCACUGAUUGCUCUACCUGGGCAGCCUGGUUAUUCUUUUGUGAUGGUAAAUACUCAGUUCCUGAAUCCAGGUCACAGGCUCACCCUAUUCAUACACAAAUACACCCUUAAGACAGUUUUUGUGAGCAAAAAGACAACGGGGAGGUUUUUCCCAUUUGCUUCCCGUACUGCAGAGGAAUAUUUGAGGUCACUGGGGAAGUCAAACUGGCUUCAGGAUUGCUCUCCUGUACUAUUUCAGACACGUGGUUUAUAUACUUAGGUAUGUGUUUGUCAUGUACAUUUAUGAACAUUUAUUUUAUAUUUGGGACCUUAGAAUUCUUAUAACAAUACCACCUCCAAACUAAUUUAUAAUGAUUUUAUUUUAUUCUUAUAAGAAUCGAAGGUCUUUACUGGAGUGGGGAGGGGGCGGUGUCUGUUGCCAUGGAAGCGCUGACGACUGCUUGCAAUUGGGCUCCCCAGGUGACAGCUUGAUCCCCGGGUACGUCCAGUCUUUCUCCUCCUACCCGGGCGCCAUCUUCUCUGGCGAUGACUUCUACAUCUUGAGUAGUGGCUUGGUGAGUGACCCCUGUCUCUUCCACUGCUGUCCUAGAUAAAGAGUUGUUUGACCUACAGCCAGCAUACAGAACCUUCCUCUGCUGCAGAUGUCAUCCGAGAUGGGUUCAAACUCGAACCUCAAGAGACUUGGCUAAAUAUAGCUAGUAGCAUGCAGAAUAGUAGGUCCUGCACUCCGACCUGGUGGAAUGCUCUGUCCCAUGAGACUAGGGCCCUUCAGGAUUUAACCACCUUCCGUCGGGCCUGUAAGACAGAGCUAUUCCGCCUGGCCUUUAAUUUGAAUUCAGCCUGAUCUUUUAUUUCCCUUCUCUUCCCUCCCCCUCCCCUUUUAUGAAGAUUAUCCGCUCUGAGACUCCACAGCUAAUUCUCCCCUGGCCUCCUCGCUGGCCCAAGUAGGACUAACUCAGCCACCAUUGUUAUUCAUGUUUUUAUACUGUAUUUUAUGCUGCUUUUACAAUUAAGUGUUUUAAAUUUGUUGUUAGCUGCCCUGAGCCCAGUUUUUGAACCGGGAAGGGCGGGGUACAAAUAAAUUUUAUUAUUAUUAUUAUUAUUAUUAUUAUUAUUAUUAGGUCCUGCACUCAGGCCAAACACGAUUCAGUAGGAAUAUAAAAUAUCUAUUGAUUCAGGCCUUUGAUCUAUCUAGUUCAGUAUUGUCUACACAGACUGGCAGCAGCUUUCAGAAUUUCAGACAGGGAGUCUUUUCCAGCCCAAUGCUAGAGAUUGAACCAGGGACAUAAUCCCCUCUUCCGGAUCCCAGGUCGAGAAUCAUAUUGGUGCUACUGGGACAGUCAUAGAAUUGCAGAGUUGGAAGGGACCCUGAAGAUCAUUUCAUCCAACCCCCUGCAAUGCAGGAAUAUGCAGCUGUCCCAUACGGGGAUCAAACCUGCAACCUGGCAUUAUCAGCACCAUGCUUUAACCAACUGAGCUAUCAUUGGCCCUAUUGAAGGACACAGAGGCUGCCUUGAUGGCCUUUGAACAUUUCUCCUGUUUGGGAAAACAUCAAGCAAAUUGCUUUAUUUCUGUGCUUUUGGAAAUCACUGAAGUCCUUCAGAUAAUCUCAUAGGAACACAGGAAAGUGUAUUGUAUGGGGUCUGACCCAUCAGUCCAUUUGGCUCAGUAUUGUCAACACAUUGACUGGCAGUGGCUCUCCAGGGUUUCGGACAGGGUCUUAUCUCGACCUUAUUUGGAGAUGCCAUAGGGCAGCCUUUCUCAGUCUUGGGUCCCAAGUUGUUAUUGGCCUACAACUCCCAUAAUUCCCAGCUCGCAGGACCUGUGGUCAGGGAUGAUGGGAGUUGUAGUCCAACAACAUCUGGGGAGGUUGAGAAAGGCUGGUGUAAGGGUUGAACCUGGCACCUUCUGCAUGCAAAGCAGGUGUCCUUCCACUGAAUUUUGCAUCUGGGAACCCCCCAUCAGACAUCUUGGGGUUCCCAGAUGCAAGGCUUGCUCAGGGCCUUUUCCCUCUGCAGGUAUCUCUGGAAACCACCAUUGGGAACAGCAACAGCAGCCUGUGGACGUUCAUCCAACCCGAGGAGAGCGUCUUAGAGUGGUUGCGCAACAUCGUGGCCAACCGGCUGGCAACAAGUGGGAUGGAGUGGGCGGCCAUUUUCCAGAAGUUCAACAGCGGCACGUGAGUGGAGGAGCCGUAGCUCCAUAGAUAGAGCACAGGUCCUGCAUGCAGAAGGUCCCGGGUUCAAGCCCCAAUGGCGUCUCCAGUUUUACGGGAUCAGGUAGAAACUGGCGUUGUUAAAGUUGCGAAACAACGAAGCAUGGGACGGAGCAAUGGAGAUAUUUCUGAAACAACAAUGGGAUAUCAGCUCCGCCCAAGGUGUGAUGGAGAACAACAACAACUGGGGGAAAGAUAGACAUAACAUUUACAGGAAGAAACACCACAGACAGAAUAAUUGCCACACACAGGAAGAACAAGGAUAUAGUCUGAGUACCUCACUUGUAUUUAUAGAAAUCAUUUAAUGUGUCAACAUGAAUAGAAGUUACAGUCAUACUUCGGGUAAAAGUCGCUUCAGGUUGAGCGUUUCCAGGUUACGCUCCGCAGCUACCUGGAAGUAAUGGAACGUGUUACUUCCGGGUUUCGCCGCUCGCGCAUGUGCAGAUGCUCAAAAUGACAUCACGUGCAUGUGGAGAAGCGGUGAAUCGCGACCCACGCACACACAGACGUGGGUUGCGUUCUGCUCAGGAUGCGAAUGGGGCUGCGCAAUGGAUCCCGUUCGCAUCCAGAGGUACCACUGUAUUAAUAUUGCAGUUGUUGCGUAAGGGAUCAUUAUUUUGACCAGAAUGUAAUUGAAAAUAAUAAGAUUUUGGAAUGCAGAAUAAAUAAAAACAUGAAACCAUCAAUUCUAGCAUGUGGGGGGGGGCAUCUAAAUUAUAUAAUUCAGUAUUUGAAUGAUAGGUAUUAGUAAUUGUAUUAUAAUUUGGAAUUGUUGUAAUGAGGCUAUUGGAUGGUAAAUGAAAAUUAAUUAAAAAAUUAUAAGAAAAGGAGAGAAGAAGCUGGUGGGCGUAGCUUGUUGCUGUCCGAGAUCCAGUUAGACUACGGGAAAUGAAGUAAGAUGGACAAAUCUUGCUCACACGUGUUUCAUCUUUAAAAUCUUUACAACAAUCCUGCAAGGUGGACUAGUGCUGUUAUCCCUGUUUGCAGAUAGAAGGUGUGGAUUAGGCUGAGAAGGAGCAGUUUGAUUCAGGCAACUUUCUAGGCAACUUUCACACCACUCUUAAUUCAAAAAGCACUGUGCAUGUUGGCACUCACCUGUUCUGCUUCUUUGCACAGGUACAAUAACCAAUGGAUGAUCGUGGAUUACAAAUCUUUCGUCCCAGGGAAGGCCAGCCUCCAGAAGGGCGUCCUCACGGUGCUGGAGCAGAUCCCGUAAGUGCUCCAAACUGUACAUCGUUGGACAAGCAAGGAUGCCCAGCUUCGCCCUCAUCUCCGCACACCUUUAAAUAUUGCGCUUUCUCUGCUUAAUAGCGGCCAGGUUCACAUGUAACACUGAGCCCAGCAUCCUGGCUUACUGAGCUAGGAUUAGUGCAAGCAGCUGUGAACCAAGAAGCUAUAUUAUUAUUAGCCUUGCAUCGAUUUUAUAGCCCACACUUUGUCACAAAGUGGAGGAGAAAAACCAUAGCUCAGUGGCGGAGCCUCUGCUUUGAAUGCAGGAGGUUUCAAUUCCCAGGACCUCCAGACCUGCUGCCUGAAACCUUGCCUGUCAAUAGACAAUACUGAACUAGAUGAAUCAGUGGUCUGACUUAGUAUAGCUCAGUGGGCGAACAUCUGCUUUGCCCCCUAGUUGAAUUCCAGGUAUGGCUAGGGGGAAAAACCCUGGCUGAAGCCCUGGAGAGCUGUUGCCAGUCAGGGCAGACAGGUAAAGGUAAAGGACUCCUGGAUGGUUAAGUCCAGUCAAAGAUGACUAUGGGGUUGAGGCGCUCAUCUUACUUUCAGGCCGAGGGAGCCAGUGUUUGUCCACAGACAGCUUUCCUAGUCAUGUGGCCAGCAUGACUAAACCACUUCUGGGGCAAUGGAACACCGUGAUGGAAGCCAGAGCGCACAUAAACGCUGUUUACCUUCCCGCCGGAGCAGUACCUAUUUAUCUACUUGCACUGGUGUGCUUUCGAACUGCUAGGUUGGCAGGAGCUGGGACAGAGUGACGGGAGCUCACCCCAUUGCAGGGAUUCGAACCGCCGACCUUCUGAUCAGCAGGCCCAAGAGGCUCAGUGGUUUAGACCACCCGCGUCCCUCAGGGCAGACAAUACUGAACUAGAUAGGGCAGUUGUUUGAUUCACUAUUAUUAGACAGUUUACUAUUUAAUUCAACUAUUUAAUUCGGCAGUAACUCAACGGUUCCAGCACUUGCUUUGCACUCAGACAGCCUUAGGUCAAUCCCCAGGGCGGUCUCCAGAUAGGCGAGACCCCCUGCCUGAAAUCCUGGAGGGUAGCUGCCUGUCAUUGCAGGCAAUACUGAACUGGAUGGACCAGUGAUUUGAUUUGGUAUAAGGCAGCUUCCCAUGGCACCUGGGAGGAGAUGAGAGCUUUGCUGGAUAUUCCCAGCACUGAGACUUGAGUGCCUGACUUUCCCCCUGACCUCAAAAUAACAAUAUUUUGGUCUCUCCAGGGGGAUGGUAGUUUUUGAUGACAAGACUGAACUACUCUACCAAGAAGGCUACUGGGCGAGCUACAAUGUGCCGUAAGGAUUUUAUUUCAGUUUCAUUUCACUUUUAAUUAGUAUACUGCCUUUCUCUGUUGCUACACACCACACGGUUUAUAGCAGCAAAAUAUACAACAAAGAACGCACACCUUGUCAUAAUCCGAUCCAAUACAAAAAGUCAUAAUGAAACAUAACUUUAAAAUGGAUCGACUUCUAUCAAAUGACGUAAUAUUCAAUAAUCUGUUAGAAUAUAAUAGCACACAAUAAAAUUAACUCUCAAAAUAUCAGCAGAUCAUAAUUAAGCAGAAAUUAACUCUUAGCAAUAAAUAAUUGCUAAACUACAAUUGGUAAAAACAACUGCACGCUACAGUGCAUAAAAGACAACCAUAUAUACAUGCAAAACCAUGUUUCUCUUUGCCUCUCGCUAUCCUGGCUCCUUCCACUUUCUGAUCUCUGUCUUCCUCCCUUGGGAGGCAAAAGGCAUCUGUGUCGAAAACGACAAAUGCCUUUAAAACAAGACUAAAACCCUAAUAAGCAGGCACUCAUGGAAAAGACACAUCCAGCAAGCUGAGAAAGCCUGUUGGAAAAAAAGUCUUCAGUUGUUUCAAGACAGUGCAGUUAGUAGGUGCCUGGCUUAUUCCACAAGGCAGGGGCAGCUACGCUAAAAGCCCUACUCCUCUGAUUUAUUUAUUUUGUUGUUGUUGUUGUUGUUGUUGUUGUUAUUAUUAUUAUUAUUAUUAUUAAUUUAUUAAAUACCUGUAGAUCUCAGGGCGGUUCACAACAAAAAUCACAGUAUAAGAAACACAGAAUACAUAAUAAAAACAAAACAACCCAAUAAAUCCCCACUUCCACAACACAUUUUAAAAGGGCAUUGGAUGUCAAUCAGCCAAAGGCCUGGUUAAACAGGAAAGUUUUUGCCUAAGGAUGUAUAAUGAAGACGCCAGGCGAACUUACUUGGGGAGAGCAUUCCACAGACGGGGAGCCACUGCAGAAAAGGCCCCUUCUCGUGUUGCCACCCUUCUUGAGGAGGAGGCACACGAAGGAGGGCCUCAGAAGAUGAUCGCAGGGUCCACGUAGGUUCAUAUGGAAAGAGGCAGUCCUUGAGGUAUUGAGGUCCUGAGCCGUUUUAAGUUACUGCAGAGUGGACUUCUGAGAUCUUUUGAAAUUGCAACAGAGACUCCCACAGACCACAGCAAUCUACUGGGUGUGUAAGGGAUAAGGCAGUCUCUCAGGUAACCUGGUCCUAAGCUGUAUGGGGGCUCUUACAUUCGUGCCAGCCCCUUUAACUUGGCCCGGUAUCUGAUUGACAGCCAGUACAAAUCCCACGAGCAAGGGGUUACCAUAUUUUUUGCUCUAUGACUCACUUUUUCCCUCCUAAAAAGUAAGGGGAAAUGUGUGUGCAUCUUAUGGAGUGAAUGCAGGCUGCGCAGCUAUCCCAGAAGCCAGAACAGUAAGAGGGAUUGCUGCUUUCACCGCGCAGUGAUCCCUCUAGCUGUUCUGGCUUCUGAGAUUUAGAAUAUUUUUUUUCUUGUUUUCCUCCUCCAAAAACUAGGUGCGUCUUGUGGUCUGGUGCGUCUUAUAGAGCGAAAAAUACGGUAUAUGCUGGCUGAAAGCUUUGCCUUGCAAUUUGUCCUGCCGCUGAGAAACCUUCCUUCAGGAGCUAAGUGACAACCUCUGGAUUGAGCCAUGAUCUAGUCCCACACCAGCCAAUGUGUUAUAGUGCCAAACUAGGAGUUGGAGAAACCUGAAUUCAGGUCCCCACUCGGCCGUGAAGCUCACUGGGUGACCUGGGGCCAGUUGCUUUCUCUCUUAGCCUAACCUACCUCACAGGGUUGUUGUGAGGAUUAAAUGGGGAGGAGAACUAUGUGUGCCACCUUGAACUCCCUGGAGGAAAGUCGGGCUGUAAAUGCAACAAAUAAAGAAUAGACUCCCCUCUAGCCCCCCAACAUUGCUCAAUGGCUUUUUUCCCACACCCAGGUAUUUUAAAGAAAUCUUCAACACCAGCGGCAUUCCUCAGCUGGUUCAGAAAUAUGGCGACUGGUUCACCUAUGAGAAGAACCCCCGAGCCCAGAUUUUCCGGCGCAACCAGACGCUGGUCCGGGACAUGGGCUCGAUGAUCCAGCUCAUGAGGUAAGACGUCAGCCCGUGCUGCCCCCUGCAGGCUGGGAGUUGCAUGAACAAAUAAUGGAUACUACACGGCUGUCUCCUUGCUGUUGAAAUGGGGUUGGGUUGCAAGCUGGACAGCACGUUUUUUGGAGCAAGGCAUGAAUUGGAGAAAACGUUGACUUAGAAAUUGGAUUGGGUGUUCACCGGCUUGUGUGAAACACUGUCCCGUGUUGGGAUGGAGAAGAUCUUUUCACUGUAAAGUGAAUCCAUUUAAUUUGUCAGUCCCAGGCUUAUUUGCAGAUAACGUCACAACCAUUGGUUGGAUUGCCCAAAUCCUUCUAUUAUUAUUAUUAUUAUUAUUAUUAUUAUUAUUAUUUAUUAUAUCAUUGCCAUUGUUACUGUUAUUGCUGUUGUUAUUAUUGCUGUUGCUGUUACACUUAAAUUUAUUAAUCGCCUUCUAUACCACCAUCUCAACACAAUUUUCAUAUAAAGUAAUUGAAAACAAAAACACAUGAAAAUAACAGAUACAUUUAAAACAAGACUAAAACCAUAACAAGUGAACCUUCAUGGUAAAGGCCCAUUUAUCCAGCUGGGAAAGCCUGUCAGAAGAAGAAGAAAAAACCAACUAUUUCCCGAAAGUGCAGAUUGUGGGGUAGUAUUGUGACAGGAAUACUAUUCCACAGAACAGGGGCAGCCACACUAAAAGCCCCGCCCCGGGUUACUGCAGUUCAGUUUCAGGUUGUUGUUUUUUUAAGUGCCUUUAUCAGGAAAAAGCAGACAAACAUGUAUAUUUUAGAAGAGGCGAAAGGCAUUGAAAACAUGCAGGAAUGUGUAUUUAAAAUGCAUUCAAAAUGAAUGCUUUAGAAGCCACAGGAAACUGCCUUAUACAGUUGUACCUCGGGUUAAGUACUUAAUUUGUUCCGGAGGUCGGUACUUAACCUGAAACUGUUCUUAACCUGAAGCACCACUUUAGCUAAUGGGGCCUCCUGCUGCCGCUGUGCUGCCGGAGCACGAUUUCUGUUCUCAUCCUGAAGCAAAGUUCUUAACCCGAGGUACCACUGUAUGAGUCAAACCAUUGCUCUAUCUAGCUCAGUAUUCUCUGCUAGAUUUUGGUCUGCUCUCCAGGGUUUUGGACAAAGGACAUUCCCAGCUAUAGCCAGCAAUACCAGGGAUUGAACUCAGGACCUUUUGCAUGCAAAGCAGGUGCUCUGUCACUGAGCUACAGCCCUUUGCCUUUGGGGCAAAGUUCAUAUAUUCAAAUUCAAAUUUCGCAUGCAUUUUUCUGUCUUUUUAAAUUGGGGGAAAUGGGAGCGGAGGGGCCUGUGAUGGAGUGCGUGUGAAACUGACACAGAAUGGAAAUUGACCAAUCCACCAACCCCUACUUCCUUUGGCUCAGAUGCCAAAAAGAUAAUGCUCUUCCAAUAUUAUACUAGUCCAUAUACGGAUUCACGCCGGGUCUCUCUGCUGUAGCAGCUCCUUAGUUUGCUCUUCCCAGUCCACACAAGUUUUUCCCCCCACAAAGAUGGGGGUUUUCACCCAGAAGCUCAACCAGUGGCAGAGCAAGAAUGUGGAAGAGUGCAGCUCCAGGAAAUGUUCAGAGCAGGAGCAGUCCUCUCAUUUUUUUGCUGGAACACCAGGAUAAUUGAUGAUGACUCCUUGCUCUGUCAACUGAAGGAGAUGAUGAGAACAAGCAAUACAGUCAAGCAGAGGCUGGGUACUUCUUUCCUUUUCUUGCACAGGGUUCCCGCUUCAUGCUAGUGGUAUAUAGAUGGUCACCCUUCUUUACAAGAUGGCUUGCGUUUCCAAUUAAAAGCAAAAGGUUGCGUUUCAGUGGGCCGAAAACCUUUUGUGUUUUGCACUGUGUUUUGCAAGUUAAGUAUCUUCCGAAACCAUCCAGGCCAUAGGCUGAUCCUAAUGAAUUUGGUAUAAUUCCACCUGCUCCAUCUCCUUUGGAGCUCUAUGUGUGUAUAUGGACCAACAUAGUGGCCAACGUUUUGGGUGAGUAGCUAAGAGGACCAUCACAGUGAGCCCUUGCAUUUCUGCAUCUCCCACUAUGCCAUCGCUUGAAGCCCUGACUGCCCUGUCCCCAUUCACAUCCUCCCUGUGCUCUCCGUGCAGGUACAACAACUUCCCAAAGGACCCACUGUCCCGGUGCCAAGGCUGUGAUCCACCACAGAAUGGCGAAAACGCCAUUGCCGCCCGCUCAGAUCUGAACCCUGCUAAUGGCACCUACCCCUUUGGGGCCCUGCGUCAGAGGCCACACGGAGGCACUGAUAUGAAGGUAUGGGGUUAUGAAUAUCAUAAUAUUAAAAGAGCCUGUUGGAUCAGGCCGAUGGUCCCAUCUAGUCAAGCAUCCUCUUCUCACAGUUGACAUAGAAAUUUUUUAUUUUAAUCAUGUUCCAAUAUUAAUUACACUUAACCUUGAUGAUGGUGAUAUUGAUUGAAUUAUUGUCAAACAAUAAUAAUAAUAAAGUACUGUAUUAUUUAUACCCCACCCAUCUGGCUGGGUUUCCCCCAGCCACUCUGGGCGGCCCACAACAGAAUAUUAAAAAUACGAUAAAACAUCAAACAUUAAAAACCUUCCCUAAACAGGGCUGCCUUCAGAUGUUUUCUAAAAGUCAGAUAGUUGUUUAUUUCCUUGACAUCCACAGGGCGGGCGCCACUGCCGAGAAGGCCCUCUGCCUGGUUCCCUGUAACCUCACUUCUCACAGUGAGGGAACCGCCAGAAGGCCCUCAGAGCUGGACUUCAGUGUCCAGGCAGAACGAUGGGGGUGGAGACGCUCCUUCAGGUAUACUGGGCCGAGGCCAUUUAGGGCUUUAAAGGUCAGGACCAACACUUUGAAUUGUGCUCGGAAACGUACUGGGAGCCAGUGUAGGUCUUUCAGGACCGGUGUUAUAUGGUCUUGGCGGCCACUCCCAGUCACCAGUCUAGCUGCCGCAUUCUGGAUUAGUUGCAGUUUCUGGGUCACCUUCAAAGGCAGCCCCACGUAGAGCGCAUUGCAGUAGUCCAAGCAGGAGAUAUGCACCACUCUGGUGAGACAGUCUGCAGGCAGGUAGGGUCACAGCCUGCAUACCAGCUGGUAAUUUAACCUUGAUGAUGAUGAUGAUAUUGAUUGAUUGAUUGAUUGAUUAACAAACAAACAAUAUUUUUAUUAUUUAUACCCUGGGCAUGUAUCCUGGGCGGCUUCCAACACAUAUAAAAACAUAAUAAAACAUCAAACAUUAAAAACUUCCCAAUACAGGGCUGCCUUCACAUGUUUUGUAAAUGUCAGAUAGCUGUUUAUUUCCUUGACAUCUGAUGGGAGGGCAUUCCACAGGGCGGGCGCCACUACUGAGAAGGCCCUCUGCCUGGUUCCCUAUAACUUCACUUUGCAAAAUGUGGGAACCGCCAGAAGGGCCCUCGGAUAAAAUAUAUUGGGCUUGAUUUUGUGUGCCUGCAUUUUUAUGACUGCUACGCUGCAUUCCUUCCCUAUCUGACCCUGAAAUUGGCACAACUGGUCUCUCGGAUGUUUUGCUAUGUCUGUGUUUUGAGUUAACACCAGGGUGAAGUCGAGCAUCUCCCUGAGAUGUUCCAGGGACACAGAUGGGAAAAGAAUGUCAACAGUCCCCACUGAAGGCUCAGUUGCUAAGACAACUGAGGUUAAAGUGUGAUAGUUAGGGCCAAAUGGUUUGGGGGUACCCCAAGGUAAUUGCAGGGGAGCCAGUUUUAAACAGCUAUUCUUUGAUAGAUAUUUCCAUUGCAAAUGUAACAGCACGGAAAAAAUAAUGUCUGCUCAUGUUCACAAUAAGAAUAAACCAUGAAUCCUGAUUUUCUGUCAUUUUCUGUCUGUUAGCCCUCACCACACAAGGCUAUAAUUGUAGAAACACAUGUAAAAUAUAAUUUACUAGCAGUCUAAUGCCCAGGGUUGCUUCGGAAUUCCAAGGAAAAAAAACAACAACAAACCCAGGGUAGUUUUCACAUAUGCAGUUGAAAUCAGGGGAGUUUUGAAAGGUUCGGGCCACCAUCUUGAUUCAAAAUGGCAUCCAAUUAUACCCAAUCAUAAACGAAGAGCUGCUCCUUGAUUUCAGGAGCCAUCAUGUACACUUUGGUUAAAAUCAGUAGAGUUCUGAAAGGUUCAGGUCCGUCACUUUGAUUCAAGAUGGCGUCGGAUUGUAUCAAAACGUAGACAGGAUCCUUCUCCUUCAUCUGAGGAACCAUCCUGUCAGAUGGUUUUCAAGUGGUCAGAAGCAGCAAUUUUGGAAAACGCUAGCACAGGUCAUAGCGUCUGUGACUCUACCUCACCUUCUUCCUUUUGCCAGGUCACUUCCUUUGAGAUGGCCAAGAACUACAGUUUCAUUGCCACCAGCGGGCCAACCUGGGACAACCUACCUCCUUUCCAAUGGACCACCUCUCCCUAUCGCAAUCUGAUACAUAUGGGCCAUCCUGACCUCUGGAAAUUCUCGCCCAUCCAGGUCCGCUGGGGCUGA